AUGGAGGUAUCAGGCCGUAAAGAAUGGGACGAUAAACAUUCAACAUCUAACCAAGGGAGGCAACUUACGGUUCUUUGCCAGCCUUGUGAGUGUGACGGUGAUACAAUAGAAGCGGAAGCAUUCUGUGAAACCUGUAACGAGUUUAUCUGUUCUCAAUGUCUUAAGGUUCAUCGUAAAUUGGCUAUGAGUAAAAAUCACGUGAUAAAGUCAAAGAAUGAAAUGCCAAUAUCAGGAAAAAAGCAAAAAGAUCCAUGUUCUGAGUUGUGUUCAGUCCAUCAUACUGAAAUAGUAAAUUUCUAUUGUGAAGACCAUAAUUCUGUAGGAUUAGGAUGUGGAGAUUGUAUGGUCCUUAGCCACAAAACGUGUUCUGUUAAACUCGUCAAUGAUGUAUCCGACAACUAUGAUACUUGCGAGGAACUCGUGCAAAUCAAGAGUAAGACGCAAAACUUUCUGCGUAGAAUUUUAUCUUACCAAGGUGAUAUUGUAAAUAACAUAAAGACUGCUGACGAAAUGAGAGAAAAAAUUAUGAAAGAAAUUCACAUUUUUCGACAAGAGAUUAAUGAAUAUUUGGAUAAUGCUGAGGCAGAUCUGCUGAAAGGAAUAGAUCAGCUGACAUCGGAACAAGUGUCUCAUCUUGAGCAUAUGCAAAAAGAAUUUGAGUCUUUGGACACUGAAAUGAGAGAAUGCCUAGACAAAAUAAGUAACAAUUCAGAUAAGAUUAAUCAAAUGUUUAUAGUGACAAAACUUGCCCAUGAAAGGAUUGAAGCCUGCCAGAUUUCAACAGAGGAGCUAGCAUCUAAAUGUGAGAUCGAAAUAUUUGACUUUGUGAAGUCUCAAGAGUUAGAAAAACUUGUAACAGACAAAUGUCCCAUUGGUGUUAUUAAUGAAAAAAAUCGGAAGUUACGUACACAGAGCAAAAAGAGCCUGAAAGAUGUUCAAACAACGCUGUUUAAGAGACUUCAUGUCAGGCCAGCAGACGACACAAAGAAAUGCACAAUAUCAGGAAUAGACACAAUUUCAUGUGACAAACUCUUGCUUGUUGAUUUUAAAAAUUAUUGUCUUAAACUUUUAAACAUAGAAGAGAAUAAGAUAACCUGUAGCUUCAAAACGGAUGGUCAACCAUGGGACAUUACUAAAAUCAAUACAGGAUUAUUCGCAGUAACAAUAAACACAACAGGUGAAAUACUAUUCAUAAAUACAUCAAAUGGUAUUUCUAAAAGUCACAGUAUUAAGGUCAGAAAGAACUGUAGAGGUAUCGACUACCGUCACGGAGUUCUUGCUGUAUCUUUCAGCAAUCCAGCAUGCGUUCAGCUACUUGACAUGGAAGGGAGCAUAAUGAAGGAGUUUGAUAUCCGGAAACAUUGUUCAUCACCUUUUUAUAUAGCUUUAUGUAACUUCGACAACAAAAGCUUCAUUGUGUCUGGUUUCUAUGAAAAUGUUCUUGUUGAGUUUACUGUUGAUGGGAAAGUAAAGGAUAAAAUUGACACGAAAUCACCAAGAAAACUAAUUAUGACACAUGAUGGAGCAGUUAUUGUUUGUUUUGAAGGUAUCAGUGAUAGACUUAACAUGCUUGCACCAAAUACAAGAGAGGUGCUUCCUAUUGCUGUGAAAGGUGUCGAGAAACCAAUUUGCUUGGCGAUAUCUGAUGAUCAGACGAAGAUGUUUAUAUAUGACAGGUCAAAUGAUGAUAUCAAAGUGUUUGAUAUCAACUAA